AUGCUUGGUGGCUGCCGAUAAGGGUAAUAAUAAAUCGUCUAGUUAUAGGAAUCACAUGACUCUAUUGUUUUGAUACCUACUUCUAAGUUCAUAAAUGAAUUUGGUUCAUCGGAAUGCCAACCACCCUUUCGUGGUGUGGAGUGCAUGUAUUCUAUGGCUCAUUUCUAUAUUAGCGAUUAUAUGGUCCGUAACUUUGUUUCUCGUUAUUGGUGACCUUCUGUAUAUGACUGGGACGGAUAUCGUGAACGCUGACGUCUUACUUUCGGGAAUUAUCUUGCUUCCAACUAGUAUGCAAAUGUUGCAUGUGAUUGGAUAUAACAAGAAAAUUGAAACAUACACCAAAGUAGCAUGUUGUCCACUCUGGAUUUGUCUAAUGUGGAGCGUGAUCAUCAACUUUUGCGGCAUAGUGUUGUGUUUCCAGAAAAUUGCCAUUGGCAGAUGUGUGUGCGAAUCGUCUAUUAGAACUAGCAUGAAGCUUUAUAGAGUUGCACCAAAACACAAACGUUUUAUCGAUAGUCUGCAGUGGUACAUGAGGUGCUGUGGGCUGAAGUCUUACAGAGACUGGUUUAGUGAAGAUUGGUACGAUAAAGUAAGAGAUUACGAAUGGGAUCCUGAAAAUAAGGAACUUUCGCGCGCACGUACAAAGCAAAUGGAUAGUGUGCCGUUAAGGUAG